AACGCAUAUCAGCAUUCAGCAGGUUGGUCAGUCCGGGUCAGUCAGCUGGGAUGUGCAGCCGAAAGCAAAAAAAGUGACACGCAAACAAUUUUUAUUAUUAAUUAAUUUAUUAUUUAUUUAAAUCAACCAAACUAAAACUGUAAAAAAAAUUCUGGAAAAAGUGCAUUUUCAUCCACUCAAAGUUCUCUACACAUCCGGUAUUAAGGUCUGCAUAAAGGGAUUGUUCGUAUCUAUUGGGACUGUCCUUGAUAUUUGCAAAAAAAAAACUUUCCACUUUUUGUGAAAAUUGAAGAAAUUGAAUAAUGACUGAACGGAAGGAUUCGCAGAUGUCCCCUCAGGAUCGUGAGCGCGAUAGAGAUCGCAGCCGGCGUCAAAGUCGCUUUUCGGAUGCAAAUUCCGGGGGCGAUGCCAAUGACCGGGACCGGAGUCGUGAGCGCAGAAGUGAAUCUAAUCGCAUUUAUGUGUCCAACAUUCCGUACGAGUAUCGCUGGCAGGAUCUUAGGGAUCUCUGCCAAGACAUUGUGGGGGAUGUGAAUUUCGUUGAGCUUUUUAAUGAUGAGAAUAGUAAGCCGCGUGGGUGCGGUAUCGUGGAAUUCAAGACUAACGACUGUGUGUCCAAGGCUCUAAAGAAGCUCAAUCAGUAUGAGAUUAGCGGUAGGCACUUGAUAGUCAAGGAGGACUACGGGGAUGAGCGUGAUGAGUAUGGGCGGGUCGUUCGUCCGGGUGGUAGUGUCAGCAAAAGCGGCACCGCAAGAGGCGGAGAUGGUGGCGGAAACGAUCAUCAUCGAGAUCGUGACAAUGACAGACCUCGUCACAGUAGCAGCCACGGCAACAAUUACGACGGGUCCUACAACACGUAUGGAUUGAGCACGUCUUUCUUGGAAGGUUUGGGAAUAUUUGGACCUCUCCAUACUAAAGUCUUUGUUACCAAUUUGGACGACAAGGUUGACGGGAAGAAAUUGGAGCAGGUGUUCAAGCUCGCUGGUCGCGUUGUAAGUGUUGAUUUGUCAAAAGAUGAAGAUGGUAACAGUCGUGGUUUUGCUGUUGUCGAAUACGAUCAUCCUGUUGAAGCGGUCCAGGCUAUUUCCAUGUUGGAUCACCAGAUGUUGUAUGGUCGUAAGAUGACUGUUCGCUUGGAUCGUAUACCGGAUAAGAAUGAGACUAUCAAAUUGCCCGAAGGUCUCGAGGGUCUUGGGAUUGGUUUGGGUUUCAAUGGGGAACCACUGCGGGAUGUUGCGAGGAAUUUUCCAAGUUUGCAGCAGGAGCAGAAUCAGUUGCAACAAAAUAAUCUUUCGGUACCCGUUACACCGCCAAAUAGUCUCAAUGGGCCUUCGUACAGGUUCCUGUGUCUAGUAAUAAUUUCAGUAGUUUCAACUCGAAUGUUGAGUUAUCUGAAAGCGGUUUUAGUAUACAGCCCAUCUAAAAUUAAAAAGUAA